AUGUUUUCGUCUGCACAGGACUUUUUGCUAUACUGGGUGAGACAGCGCGCUGUCAUCGCCGCACUCCGCAGUGCCUUUUCGAAUAACAACAACAACUACACAUACAGUAAUAUAUUGCGCGGGCGCGAAGCUCUGAUCAUUAUCGUCAUGACGGGAGCCUGCAUAGUUCAGGUGCUACGGUGGAUGCAGGUGUGGGUGUUGCUUGCAUCUGACUUCUUGGCGCAUGCGACAGCUACAGUGACACAGCUCCAAGUUCGACCUGAUGAUACUCAUGCUUUGACAUGUCCCGUUCCGACAUUUUAUGAUUUGCCGUUUCCGAUCUGUACUAUAUAUGACGAGAGCGAUUAUCGUGGCUCCGAUUACGUUUCUACUCUGCCCGCCGAACCAUCAGCAUCCAGCACUUCGUCGACAGCCGUGGCAGCGCAGUCCUCAUCACCGCCGGCGGCACCUGACGCCGAUGUUAACGACGAUUCACCGCUCGAUAACGCAAAGUUUCUCUCCUUCGAAGACUGGAAGAAGCAGAACCUCGCCAAGAUCGGACAGUCUGUUGACAACGUCGGCAAGCGACAAGCCAGCGAUGUCGGCCAGGAGCGUCGGGCACAGGCUAGGCCUAUCAAUAAUGCACUAGAUUCGCUCGGUGACGAUGCAGAGAUUGAAUUGAAUUUUGAUGGAUUUGGCUCUGAGUCUGCUCACCCCACACCUUGGGAAAGUGGGAGUCCCAAUGAAAUUAGGAAAGCCGAAGGGGAAUCUAGCGCCGACAAUGAUUCUGCCGAUGGCGUAUCUGCAGUGGGCCGGCGAAAGGACGCUGGCACGACAUGCAAGGAACGGUUUAACUACGCAUCGUUUGAUUGCGCGGCGACAGUGCUGAAAACAAACCCCGAAUGUUCGGGUUCAUCCUCUAUCCUUAUCGAGAAUAAGGAUAGUUAUAUGUUGAAUGAAUGUCGCGCGAAGAAUAAAUUCUUGAUCCUUGAGUUAUGUGACGAUAUCCUAGUCGACACAAUCGUCCUUGCCAACUAUGAAUUCUUCAGCUCUAUCUUUCGUACAUUCAGAGUCAGUGUCUCUGAUCGGUAUCCUGUCAAAGCAGACAAGUGGAAGGAACUUGGAAUAUUUGAAGCCAAGAAUACUCGUGCGGUUCAGGCCUUUGCGGUGGAGAAUCCAUUGAUCUGGGCUCGUUAUCUGAAGAUUGAAUUCCUCACGCAUUACGGGAAUGAAUUCUAUUGCCCUCUCAGUCUUGUUCGAGUGCAUGGCACGACCAUGUUGGAGGAGUAUAAGAACGAGGGAGAUUCGAGUCGGUCUGAUGAGGAUAUCAUGGAAACCGCCGAAGAAGUUGGAAAGCCCGUAGAGGCUGAACGGGAGUCAGCUGUGCAGGAGCAGCAGGAGGCGUUCGAUAACUCUACAGUUCCGGUCGUAAGCCCGGUCUUGGACAUUUCGGAGAAUAUUAGUCCGUUGAAUGGCAGUGUGCUGGAAAUAGCGGCUUUGGAAUUCUCCAUACUGGAGACAGCGACAUGUGCUGCGAACUAUUCUGCCUUGCCGGCGAAUGAUAUGUCGCAUCAGAUGGACAUCAAGACAACAGUGUCUGCUUCUGGAAGCGCAAAUACUACUGUUGUGACGCCAUCCGACUCAAAAGCAUCUCCGGAACGUGAACAGACAACUGGCAGUGAAACGAACAUGGCCUCACGGUCCGAGAGCCAGCAUACAUCUGGCCGUGGUUCAGGCACAGACUCGUCAGCAACCAGGACGGCGGGUGCAUCCGGAGAGGAUUCUACCCCUACAGUAGAGCCUACAAAAGUGAUACCCUCAACUCCGCCGUCGCCCAAUCCCACUACGCAGGAGUCUUUCUUCAAAUCGGUCAACAAACGACUACAAAUGCUGGAGACCAACUCGACGUUAUCAUUGCUCUAUAUCGAAGAACAGUCACGGAUGCUUAGGGAUGCCUUUAGCAAGGUGGAAAAGCGACAAAUGGCUAAAAUACAUACAUUCCUCGAGGAGUUGAACACAACGGUUAUUGAUGAGAUAAGAAGCCUUCACCUCGUCUAUCAAUCUCUACGCACUAUUGUUCUGGAUGACUUUGAGCAUCAACAACGUGAGGUCUCUACAGCUGCCUCUCAGCUCGCGAUCCUUACCAAUGAACUCAUGUUUCAGAAACGCAUGACUGCAUUAUCUAGUGUUUUGAUCAUGAUCCUGUUUGCUUUGAUACUUUUGCCGCGUGGGUCAGGAAUCGUAGGCGGCAUCGAUUUUCAUAGCAUAAUCCCAUGGUCUCCACAUCCAAGAUCAUCCACGAAGAUAUCGAGGAUACCUAGCACUGGCCCAUCCAGUCCAAGUCUUGAGUCAGAGACUCCAACACCGCCUUCUGUCAUUCCGCCCAUGAAGAAAACUCACCGACGACAGUGUUCGAAUGCCCUUGGUCACAAGUCAAUCAAAGAUCUACGCGAAUGUACAAAUCCAUUGGCCCAUUCGUCUAAGGAAGACCUUCAAUUUACCGGAUAUGAGGACAAUGGCCGCUUUCGCUCCAUGUCCGAAUUCUCUGAUUCGGAUAUCAAUAAGAUUCCUUACACGCCUUUUUCGUCGGAUAUUCGACAUAUGCUUGGUUACGACUCUAUACAUCUGGGGUCACAGCUUAACAUUGCGAAAGAUACAACGGCAUCGUCACCUAGUGCCUCCCCUUUACCGAACUUGGCUCAGGAUCGACCUGUUAGCAGUCCACCAGUACUGAAUGGGCCUGGUCUUAUACCCAAUGGCCAUCAUCUCAACAAGGAUAACCUGGUGGACAACGAGAGUGAUGGAGGAUCAGAUAGUGAUUCCUCGACAGAACCCUUUCCGCCAUUUCCUACAGAUUAA